CAGCUGAUCGGAAACUGACCGGUCUGUGACUAGGCAAGGGAGAGGACCGAAGGCAGGAACACCAGCAAAAACCGCGUGAUUUAUGUCAAAAAGGCUUAUAUCACUUGCAGGUCGCCAGUUCAGUAAGAGAGUAAGGGUAGACAGUCAGUUAGGAAAGAUGAGGAAUUUAGUUAAAGCAGCAGAUGGUGCAAUGGGAGACGAGACAUCACCUGGGCCUCACUUGCCCGCCACCUGUCAAUUGCUGGACACACCAAUCAAGUCUAGGUGUGACAAAAAGGAGUACAGGGUCAUUAAACUUGAGAACGGCCUCACAGCACUUCUUGUGUCCGACAUCAACAGGAUCCAACAGUCUGAGGAGGAAGAGGAAGAGGAUGAUGAUUCAGACGGAUCAGAUGAAGAUGACAUGGAGGAGGAAGAGUCAGAUAUGGAGACAGAAGAUGAGGACGAAGAAGAAGAAGGAGGGAAGGACUGCAAACAGAAGCCAUCAGACACCACUAAGUACCUGGCCGCAGCUUCCCUGACAGUCGGUGUGGGCAGCUUUGAGGACCCUGAACACAUCCCAGGUCUUAUGCAUUUUCUGGAGCAUAUGGUGUUCAUGGGCUCGGAGAAAUUCCCCAAGGAGAACGACUUCGAUUUCUUCAUCACGAAGCAUGGGGGCCACGACAACGCCCACACAGACAUGGAACACACCACCUUCUACUUUGAAGUGCAGGAACGUAACUUGGGAGGCGCCCUGGAUAGGUUUGCCCAGUUUUUCAUCAACCCUCUCAUGAAGCAGGAGGCCAUGGAGAGAGAACGGGAGGCUGUGCAUAGUGAAUUUCAAAUGGCCCUGCCUGAGGACACCUACAGAGUGCAGCAAAUCUUUGGGACAUUUGCCUUGGAGGGACACCCAAUGGGAAAGUUCACCUGGGGCAACGAGGCAACACUGAACACUGGGAUCCCUGAUGAGGCCCUGCACACCAAGCUACAUGAACUGCGCCUCAAGUAUUACUCAGGGCACUACAUGACUUUAGCGGUGCAGGCCAGGCUGUCUCUUGAUGCCCUACAGGAACUAGUCUGCAAUAUAUUCUCCCAGGUCCCCAACAACAAGCUGGCCAGACCAUCCUACACACACCUUGAGUUCCCCUUCCCUACAGACAAGUUUCACUGCCUGUGUCGUGUUGUGCCCACCAAAGAAGAACACAAUGUGGAGGUGAAGUGGGCCUUACCUUCCCUCCUCUCCCACUACCAGACCAAGCCCCUGCACUACAUCUCUCACCUCCUGGGGCAUGAGGGGCAGGGAUCCAUUCUCUCAUUCCUCAAGAAGAAAGUGUGGGCGUCAGAGCUGUACUCAGGCAAUGACGAGUCUGGUUUUGAGCACAACAGUACCUAUGCUAUUAUGAGUAUCAGUGUUGACCUCACUGAUGAGGGGUUCGCUAACCUGGAGGAGGUGCUGUGUGUCAUCUUCCAAUACCUGACCAUGUUACAAGAGGCCGGCCCCAUUGAGAGAGUCUUCAGGGAGAUCCAGCAGAUAGAGAAGCUCAAGUUUGAAUAUGCUGAGGAAAUGUCAACAGUGGAGAAUGUAGAGAAUUUAUCGGAGGCAAUGCAGCUGUACCCACCUGCUCACUAUCUUACCGGAGAGGCCCUGCAGGACCACUAUGACCCCAAGAUUAUUAAGGAAUGCCUUGAUGCACUACUUCCUGAGACAUGCAACAUCAUCAUCAGCUCUAAGACACAGGAGGACCUUUGUCAGCAGACUGAGAAGUGGUUUGGCACCAAGUAUUGCACAGAGGAAAUCCCCAAGGCAUGGAAGGAGAGGUGGGCCAGCCUCCCCUCUAAUCCAGACUUGUUCAUUCCAACCCCAAACCUCUUCAUUCCUGAUAACUUUGACCUUCAGAAGCCAGAGAAGGAGGUGCCGGAAUACCCUGAGUGUCUGGUGGAGGACGAGAGAGGAACACUUUGGUUCAGGCAGGAUGUUAAGUUCCAGCUGCCAAGAACUUACUGUUAUGUGUAUUUCCUCAGUGACGUGACUAUCAAGUCUCCGAGAAUGGCGGCAUUGCAGGACUUGUUUCUCAGUCUGUUUGAGCAGCAGGUGAUGGAGGACCUGUACCCAGCUAACAUGGCCCAGUAUGUUUACUCAUUCAUCAGCGGCAACCAAGGCCUUCUCCUCAAAGUCAACGGAUUCAACCAGAAACUGCCUCAAGUUCUUGAUCUCCUGCUGCACCACAUUGAGAACUUCGGCAAGACCCUUGAUGAGAAGACCUUCCAGGAGAUGAGACAGCAGCACAUCAAGGGUUACUACAGCUCUGUCCUCAAGCCAGACAAAGUGCGCAACGACCUGCGACUAGCCGUUCUACAGGAUGUUCACUGGACAUGCCUGCAGAAGCUUCAGGAGACCAAGACAGCCACUAUCAAAGACAUUCUAGAGGAGUUUGUUCCACACAUUUUCUCCCCCAGCAAUGUUCGGGUUCUGGUUCAAGGUAACAACACAAGGGAGGAGGCCAAGGAACUGUAUGGGCUGGUGAAGAAGAGGUUACGCCCACCACCUGAACAGCCACUCAUGGAGCUGUGCACCAAUGAGCUGGCCAAGGGUUCCUGGGCAGUGAGGGCAAAGGCUGUCAAUCCUGCCAACACCAACACUUCUAUCAUCAGCUACUACCAGCACAAACAGGGCUCACUCAAACUGGAGGUUAUGCACGAGUUUAUUGACAUGGUGAUGGAGGGGCCAGUAUUUGACCAGCUACGGACAAAGGAACAGCUGGGUUACCACGUUCACUGCACCAAUCACAACACUUAUGGCAUCCUGGGACUGUCUAUCACUGUCAACACUCAGGCUAACAAGUUCAGUGCCUCACAUGUGGACCAAAGGAUUGAUGCAUUUGUGGAGGAGUUUGUGAGGACGGUGAAGAACAUGGGAGCAGCAGAGGUGGCUGAGCUGAAGGAGACACUCACCAGUAUGAAGCAAACUAUUGAUCUCACGCUGAAGGAAGAGGUCAACCGUAACUGGAGUGAGAUUGUCCAUGGGGAGUACCUCUUUGACCGGCUGAAGAAACAGGUUGACUUGAUCCAGGAGUUCACACACAAGGAGGUGGUGGAAUGUCUGCAGGAAUUAAUGAAUGCUAAGUCACCGAACUACAAGAAGCUGAGUGUGCAGGUUGUGGGUGCCAGUGACCCAGAGGCUGGUGCUCCCCCGUCACUAGAUGCUCUGCUGGACAAAGAUGGUAUUGUCGACUACUUACUGCCUGAGGAGGGAGAGGAGAGCUGUAUCCCCAAAGAGCACUUCAUCACAGACAUCAGUGCCUUCAAGGAGAAACUCAAGCUUUUCCCACCCACUAAAAUAAUGUAGUACUCCUGCCUGGUGUUACUUUAAUUAUUAGCAAGAUGGUUGUAAGUCCUGCAUUCAGAAACACUUUGCUCUUGCACCACGACCAGUUUCAAAGGCCACAGAGAUGAUUAGCCGGGUUCUCAAGAGUGUUUUUCCUUUUAAUAGUGUAAAAAUCUUGUUAAUCUGACACAAAUUCCCUUGAAAUCCCAUGUAUUUUCACCACAACUAUUUUCAAAGGCCACAGAGAUGAUAACCUAGAUUCCAAAACUGUUUCUCCUUUUAAUAAUGUAGAAUGUUUCCCUUCUUAAUACAGUAAGAUCCCUCUCAUCCAGCAUUCGAGUAUCCGGCAGCUUCAAGUAUCCGGCACAUUUUUCCCCGAGCCUUAAAAUCAAUAAAAAUUCAAUGUGUACUCAUAAAAUCGAUUAAAAUUCCCACACGAGGCAUACUUUGUCCCCUCGCCACCAGAGCACACUGCUUCGCGCCACCCACGGCCCACUGCACUGUGUUUACUCAGUGACUCAGUCCCGCGUGUGCUCUGUUUAUCGCCUGACGCCUUCAUCAUGCCUAAAGUUGUAGAAAAGAGGAAGCGUGUUGUGCUUACACUUAAGCAGAAGGUAGACAUUUGUCGACGAUUAGAGAGAGGUGAAAGCAGACAGCAACUAAUGGCAGAAUAUGGUGUGGGCUCAUCAACUAUUUAUGACAUUAAAUCCCAAACGAAAAAGUUGCGGGAUUACAUGAAAGCCACCGACACCCCAAAGGCAGUGGAAAAUCGUCACACACUGCAGUAUCAUCGUGGUGAAAUGAUGGACAAAGUGUUAUACAAGUGGUUCAGCUUGAAAAGAUCAGAAGGAGUCACAAUUACAGGCCCAAUGCUACAACUGUGUGUUGGUGAGUGUGAGGUGGUAGCGCAGGUGGCGAUGCACGGCACGGUGAUCAGCUGAUCUUUGUUAUGAUAAGAUGCGUGAGUGUAGGGUGGUGAUUGUGGACAUAAUUUCACUUCUAUUCAAGUAUCCGGCAAUAUUCAAGUAUCCGGCAUGUCGGCGGUCCCGUUGAUGCCAGAUAAGAGGGAUUUUACUGUAAUGUAGAAAUUUUGUUAAUGCAUCUCUAGAACUAUAACAGUACCCUUGAAGACUCGUAUAACUUCAACUAGAGUCCUUUGAAAUUAGUGAAGGUACAGUACAGAAGUGUUUCAAAAUAUGGACCUAAAUCUCACUCAUCACAUUUUAUCUUUCUCACUGGGCUUUUCCCACGUCACAAGAUUAUCUGAAGAGGCUGUUAAGUAAUGUUUGUUUAUAUUUUUAUCCUUAUGGUGUACGAAUAGGAACACUGACCAGGACACGACAUGACGCUCGCUAGCAUAAUUUUUUAUAUAUUUUACUUGUUGAAUGACUCUUAAGACAAUAAUUGCUGCUGGAGGGACGUAGUUUCUGUUCGCUGUCAUUUUUAUGUUCAGUGUGAAAUCUUUCGUCUCUUUAGUAAUUUGCUCUUUAAAUUUUGAGCCUUGAAUGGUGUGAGUGAAUGCAUGUCUCAUUUGUCAUUGUCAUAAUCAUACUGUUGAAGCCAGAUUCAUAUUUAUGUGUGUGUGGGCAUCAGUCACCAGAAGACAUCUUGGCAAACUGCAGAAUUAUGUGCUGUUUAUUUUGUCUUUAGGUCCCUUCUGAAAAUUUUCUUACCUGAACAUUCCUUCUGUUACUCUGCAUUCUGUCUGAGAGUUUCUAACACACUUUCCUAGUAAUUUUCAUUCCAGAUUUGCACAUUACCUGUACAGUAUGCCUGCUCCCAUCACUUCAUUGAGUACACCUGCACAAUAUGCCUCCCUCCCCCAUCACUUCACUGAGGUAUUCACAUUUACAAGUGUGUCUCAGUCCUACAUUGGUCUGGCCAUCCAUCAUAAUGGCAUUGCAUAGUGUCUACCUUGUUCUUUCCUCAGGUUUCUUAACUCUUGAAACUGUCACCUUGAACACCCUGAGUUUGAGUGCUUUCCUCACACUUUUUGAAACAGUCACCUUGAACACCUGAAUUUGAGUGUUUUCCUCACACUCAAAGUAUAUAUUAUAGUCUUCUAUGCAGAGAGAGUAUUAUCAUUCCCAAGAGUAUGGAAAUAAUCACUUUGGGUUAAUUCCACCCGGUGAUUUUGCUCACUAUAGAACCUUCUGUUCCCCACAUUGCAUCAUCAAGCUGGCAGAAUACAAGGACUCCUCUCCAAAUUAAUCCCUUCCUCCUUAUCCCUCUCUACAGUUAAAGGUCAUAUGGGUCUUGUUAGGCUUACAUAACUACCAUGUCUCUUACUGGAAUACUGUUGUGAGGAUCAAACCCACAGCCUUCAGAACACAAGCUGAGCACUGUAACACACAGCCACCAGGUCCUCUUAAUAAGUAGUGAAUUAGAUUAUUUACAAUAUCCAUUAACAACGUAAACUCAAUUGUGGCCCUUAUCUCAGCUUAUCUAUUCAAUUUCCUGGAGUUUUUAGAACAAGGAUGAUGUGUGCAUGCAGGUGUGGUUCUGUUGUGUAGAUAUAGAAUUGUGGUCUUCAACUCUACCCUUUCAUGUUCAGUUUUGCUAAUUUCAUGCAUCAGGGAAGUGCAUUGUGAUGACACCUGGCCAUCUCAUCUCUGAGCAGCAUUUAACACCACUCAAAACCAAGCAUCACAUUCUCAUCAUUGUCUCUCAUUACAUGUACAGCUUUUUCAUAUUUUGUUAAGCUGAUUGCAUGAGUAAAUAAAAUGUGGAAUCAAAAAAA